AUGGCGUCGGCGCCAAAGGCGGCUGGGCCAGAGGACUCAAUCCUCACCCUCAGCCCCGGCCUGGGGACCGAGCAGGUGGUGACCACGCCUGCCGGGGUCACAGCGGCGGCGGUGACCCUGAGAAGUGGCGCGUCCCCGGUCCGGUCGGUGGUGGCCUCGCCUCGCCCUGUGAAGGGGAAGGCUGGCCGGGAGGCGGCCCGGCGGCGGCUACAGCUCCUGCCGGGAUCGCAGGUGGGGGGCUCAGGUGCUGGCAAGGAGGAGGAGGAAGAGGAGCCCCUUCUCUCUGUCCCUGAGGAGGAUGAAGAGGAAGCGCAGCCCUUACCCCCUAUCUGCGUGUCUCCCAUGAGAGGGAUGUGGCGAGAGGAGAAGGUGGCGCUGUACUGCGACGAGGUGCUGCGGGGCUGUAAGGCAGAAGAUGCUGAUGAAGCUAUGAGUAAAUACCUAUCAGAAAAAUUAAAGUUGAAAGAUAAAUGGCUUGGAGUCUGGAAAACUAAUCCUGAAUUAUUCUUUGUGAAAUAUGAAGAAACUUCUAUACCUUUUGUUGGCAUACUAGUUGAGGUAACUUGUAAACCGCGCCAAAGCUCAUCACCUUGUUUCAAAGUGACUGUUUCUGUUGCUGAGCCCUUCUCGUCUAAUAUUGCAAACAUUCCAAGGGAUUUGGUUGGUGAGAUUUUAGAAGAACUAGAGCACAGUGUACCUCUCUUGGAAGUGUAUCCUGUUGAAGGACAAGAUUCUGACAUACAUGAUGUUGCUCUAGCCUUGGAAGUUGUAAGGUUUUUUUAUGACUUUCUUUGGAGAGACUGGGAUGAUGAAGAAAGUUGUGAGAAUUAUACUGCUCUGAUUGAAGAAAGAAUUAAUUUGUGGUGCGAUAUACAGGAUGGAACAAUACCUGGUCCUAUUGCACAACGUUUUAAAAAAACUUUGGAGAAAUAUAAAAACAAGCGUGUGGAGCUCAUCGAGUAUCAGAGCAAUAUUAAAGAAGAUCCUUCUGCAGCAGAAGCUGUUGAAUGUUGGAAAAAGUACUACGAGAUAGUCAUGCUGUGUGGAUUAUUGAAAAUGUGGGAAGAUUUACGCCUGCGUGUUCAUGGACCUUUCUUUCCAAGAAUUCUGAGGCGGAGGAAAGGAAAGAGAGACUUUGAAAAGACUAUAACACACAUUGUAGCAAAAGUGAUGACUACCGAAAUGGUAAGGAGUAUCUCCUCUGACACCAUAAUUCAAGUUCUUCCAGCACCCAAGUUGAAGAUGACUAACAAUCAUAUUUAUAACAACAAUGGCUAUGGAGUAAGCAUUCUUCAACCAACUGAGCAGUUUUUCAUCAUAGCAGAAGAAGCUCUUAACAAAGGAGCUGCCUCAGGAGACAAAAAGGAUGAUAAUAUGCUUUCCAAAGUAAUGCAAAACCUGAAUCUGGAAAUGAAUAACAACAAGAUAGAAGCAAACUUAAAAGGGGAUAUCAGGAUAGUCACAAGUUAA